AUGUCUGGGCAUGGGCUUAGUGCAUUGAAUGAAGCGGAGUCGAAGAAUAUCAAGGAUCUUUCACAAAGUCAUGUGCCGCCCAAGAAGAUUUUGGCUAACUUGAGACAAAAUGGCUUGGGUCUCGAUGCUUAUUCGAAACAAAUAUACAAUGAAAAGGCGAAAUUGAGAAGAUUAGCUAGGGGUGACCGUACAGUGAUGCAACAUCUGAUUGGGUUGCUUGAGGAGCAUAACUAUUACAAGUGGUUCCGUACAGAUGAAACGACACAUGCAGUUAUUGAUUUGAUGUGGGCUCACACUCUAUCUGUCGAAUUGUUAAGUAAGUUUCCGUACGUUAUACUACUUGACAGUACUUACAAAACCAAUCAGUACAAAUUGCCUUUGUUGGAGAUUGUUGGUGUUACUCCUGUCGGAAAUUUUUUUACUGUUGGAGUGGUAUUUAUGCGCCAUGAAAAUGAAGACCAUUAUACAUGGGUGUGGCAAAGGUUGGAGAGACUUUUCCCCAAAUGA